AUGAACGCGACGAACGCAUCGCUCGGCGUCGCGGCUGCCAGCCUUGGGAUCGCAGCAUGCUACCUGUACACCCGCAAAGCGUCGCUGUUUAGCCGCUCCGAUUAUGGUUCGGAGCGGCAGCAGGCUGAGUGGGCAGUGAGGAUGGCAACAGUGCAGCAAAGCGGGAGCCAGCGUGGCGCAUCGGCACAGCUCGUGCCACUGGCCAGCCGCACCCACAAGAGCGCGUUCGAUCUGCAGAUAGUAUCGCGCCUCAUGGUAGGCAAGUACGCCAAUAUUUGGCGUGGCCACGUGCUGCUCAAGGAUGCGGUUGCACUGCACUUGUACGGCAUGCUGAUGCAGCGGCAGAUGCCAAAGACCAUCUUUGACCUUGGCACUGCGGGCGGAGGGUCGGCUGUCUGGUUCGCCACGCAGAUGAAAGCCAUGGGACUGGUUGAAUGCAAGGUGAUCACCGUCGAUAUCGAGGACCUGCGCACGCCAGCUUGCCGCAGGGAGAUGGAACAGCUGGGCAUCGAGUUCCUCCAGGCAGACCUCCGCGACGCGUCUGCAAUGCUGAGCGCCAUCAAAGAUAAGGCGCACCCCUGGCUGAUUGCCGAGGACUGUCACGUCGACGCCCACGUGAUCAUGGCCGCUUUCGACCCCGCCACUACAUCUGGCGACUACAUCAUUUUCGAGGACACGCAUCCGUGUCACCCCGACAAGAGUUGGAUGGAUGCCGAGGACAUGGACAAGUACACCUACGGCGCUUUUGCCAACAAGAAGCUGGCCGCCGUUGAGGCUGCGAUGGGGGCACUGAGCGCCCGCUACUCGAUCGACGCGUCCAUUCAGGAUUUGUACGGCCACAACGGCGCCACUUUUAUCAACGGCGUCUUCGCGCGUCUUUGA